UUCACCCUCCGUCGUCUCAAAAAAAGGAAGUGUCCUUUCUAGUAAUAUAAAAUUCUCAACGAGGGCAUUUCUGUACUUCAACCCAACUCCUCUCCUACUACCUAGCUAGCUAGCCUGGCGUGCUUGUGUGGUGUGUCUGCGGGCACUCAAUACUCACAACCUCACAAGACAAACAACACCGUUACUGUGAGCGAUUGAAACAUUGACACACACAGACAAUCUCUUCUUUCUCAGAAGAGGCCAAAAACUCGUUCAGAGGAAGAAGAAAGAAGCUCCUCUUUCUUCUCUUUUCCGCAAAGCAAUGCCUGUGAUCCCCGGAAUUCAAUGCUUUCUUUCUUCUUCUCACUGAUUUUCACAUUUCACGAAAAGAACUAGCAUUUGCAUGGAGAGGAAGGCUUUGAAUUCCCGGUGAAGUUUUUCUCUUUAUUUGCGAAAAAUUAGAAGAAGAAAAGAGAGAGUUCGAAAAAAGAUACUCUCUGCAUAAGAAUUCUUUGAAGUUGAAGUAAGCGUUAUAUAAAGUGAUGCAAGCGAAAAAAAUUACUGCAAUAUUGAAGAAGUUGGCUUACAAAAGGUAAGGUAAGAUUUAGGUUGCCUGAGUGGUGAAAAUGGCAACGUGGGAGCAUCUUGGGGAGGUGGCAAAUGUGGUCCAGCUGACGGGCAUUGAUGCAGUGCGGUUAAUAGCCAUGAUAGGUAAAGCUGCAACUACAGCACGGAUGCACAAGAAGAAUUGCCGGCAGUUUGCACAGCAUUUGAAGUUGAUUGGGAACUUGUUGGAGCAGUUGAAGAUCUCGGAGCUUAAGAGGUAUCCCGAAACGCGGGAACCAUUGGAGCAGCUUGAAGAUGCUUUGAGAAGAAGUUAUCUUUUGGUCAAUAGUUGUCAGGAUAGGAGCUAUCUUUACUUGCUUGCAAUGGGGUGGAACAUUGUGUAUCAAUUUAGAAAGGCACAGAAUGAGAUUGAUCGGUACUUGCGGCUUGUUCCUCUCAUUACUCUUGUGGAUAAUUCUCGAGUCCGGGAGAGACUGGAAGAUAUUGAAAGGGAUCAACGUGAGUACACAUUAGAUGAAGAGGACAGAAAGGUGCAAGAUGUUAUCCUGAAACCAGAUUGCUCAGGAGAACACACCACGAUGUUGAAAAAGACUCUCUCUUGUUCCUAUCCAAACAUGUGUUUUAAUGAAGCACUAAGAAAGGAAAAUGAGAAGCUUCAGCUUGAACUACAAAGAUCGCAAGCACAUUUGGAUGUGAACCAAUGUGAAGUAAUUCAGCAUUUGAUUGAGGUCACAGAAGUUGCUGCUGCAACUUCUCUUCCGGAGAAGAGUUCAUCAACAAAAAGUUCUAAGAAACUGGAGCCUACAUAUUCAGAUGUUAGUGAGAACAAACAUUCAUUUGAUGACAAUUAUAGUACAAAAAGUGAUUCUCACAAAACUUCAAGAAACACUUCCUCAGUUUCAUCAAGAGAUGAUCUGCUGUCAAGUAGAGGUUCACAUCAUCAUGAAGAAUGGCAUGCAGAUUUACUCGGUUGUUGUUCAGAGCCGUAUCUGUGUAUAAAGACUUUAUUCUAUCCUUGUGGUACAUUUGCAAAGAUUGCUACUGUGGCAAAGAACAGGCAUAUAUCCUCAGCGGAAGCUUGUAAUGAAUUGAUGGCAUAUUCAAUGAUGUUGUCGUGUUGUUGCUAUACUUGCUGCGUUAGAAGGGAGCUUCGCAAAACAUUGAAUAUCACGGGAGGGUUUAUUGACGAUUUCCUGUCGCAUUUGAUGUGUUGUUGCUGUGCCCUUGUGCAAGAAUGGCGAGAAGUGGAGAUUCGUGGGGUUUAUGGUCCCGAGAAGACAAAAACAAGCCCGCCUCCGUCUCAGUUCAUGGAAUCUUAAGAGAUAAGCCGAAAGAUUUAUUGAGUUGGUGGUUGCGUGUUAUAUAGGCAAUGGGCCAUUGCCGCUGCUUUAUGCAUGAACUUGUAAGGGAUCGCGUUGUGCCAUGAGUGUUAUCCAAUAUGUUGAGUCACCUAUAUAUGUAAAGUUCAAUAUCCACUCGUGAUGUGCCAUAAGCUAUAUAUUUUAAUUGAUAUAUAGUUUUAUUUCUGUUAAUUAGUGGGCUCAGUCUGUUUUAUUUCAGUAACGAUUGAAUGUAUAUUUUUCUCAUAUUAUUUUUA